AUGUAUGACGAUGAACUACCCGUGUAUAUAAUUCCUGAAUUCUCGUCGUCGUCUUCUUCUGGCGGCUUUGAGUUUUUGGCGUUUGUUGCUCUUGCAGCCUUAGAAGAAGACACUGGAUCUUCUUCUACAAACCCACGAAGAUAUAUUUGGAGAGAUCGACACUCGACUCAUGAAAGAUUGAUGAACAUGUACUUUGUGGAUGAGCCGAUGUUUGAGGACGAUGUCUUUCGCCAAAGAUAUCGUAUGUCGAGGAGGUUGUUUUUGAAAAUCGUGGAAGAUAUCACUACAGCAUUUCCAUGGUUUCGGUCUUCGGCGAAUGCGGCAUGUAUUAGAGGGUUCUCGGCGAUUCAAAAGUGCAUGUUCGCGCUACGGCAACUCGCGUACGGCAACCUCGCUGACAACUAUGAUGAGGGGUUGUCGUUCUCUACUAGAACGACUCGUGAGUGUCUAGACAACUUUUGCAUUGCCAUAAAGUAUCUUUAUGGUGAAGAGUAUUUGCGUUCUCCGACUAGCCACGAUGUUGCGUGUUUAUAUGAAGCGCAUGAAUCCCGACAUCAUUUUCCUGGCAUGAUCGGUAGCAUCGACUGUAACCACUGGAGUUGGAGAAAUUGUCCACAUAGUUUGCGUGGGCAAUACCACUGGGGUGAUCAUGACCGCCCGACUAUCAUACUUGAGUUUAUUCCCGAGGUGAAUGGGAAGUCUCCUGAGUACGGCUUUACCGUAAACGGGCACCGUUACGAUAGAGGAUACUAUCUAGGGGAUGGUAUUUAUCCACUAUGGUCUUGUUUUCUCAAGGCGUAUGCAUACCCGGUCGCGAGAAAGGAGAAGGUUUUGAAGAAACUCCAAGAGUCCGCGAGAAAAGACGUUGAGCGAGCAUUCAGGCUUCUGAAUAACAAGUGGGCGAUCAUCGAACGACCGGCACGAAUGAGGGACAAAGAAAAGAUCAUUAACGAGAUGUAUGUGUGUGUUAUUUUAUAUAACAUGAUACUCAAGGACGACGGCAACGCGAUAUCACCGGUGUACAUCAGGGAUCCUCCUAACGAUAUUCGUGCUACCGACCCUAAUUUUCUCUAUCGCUUACGUAACGAAGAGACGCAUUACAUGUUACGUCGUGAAAUUACGGAGCACAUGGGAGAUCUAGAUAUCGAUGUUUAG